AUGGUCCAACCCACUCUUUCUCUUUCUUCAGAUGGCCAAGCUCUUCUCUCUCUAAAGACACCAUUCCCAUCCUCUUCUUCAUCACUCUUUUCCUCAUGGGACCCACAAGACCAGACACCAUGUUCAUGGCAUGGCAUUACAUGUUCUGCAGACAACAGAGUGAUCUCUGUCUCUAUCCCCGACACUUUCCUUAACCUGUCUUCAAUCCCUGACCUCUCUUCGCUCUCCUCUCUUCAGUUCCUAAACCUCUCCUCCACAAACCUCUCUGGCCCAAUCCCUCCUUCAUUUGGAAAACUCACUCACCUCAGGCUUCUCGACGUUUCUUCAAACUCUCUCACUGGUCAAAUCCCCUCAGAGCUUGGCCGUCUCUCUUCUCUCCAGUUCCUUAUCUUGAACGCCAACAGGCUCUCUGGCUCAAUCCCUUCUCAGAUUUCAAGUCUCUACUCAUUGCAAGUUCUCUGUCUUCAGGAUAAUCUGUUGAAUGGUUCGAUACCUUCAAGUUUGGGCUCUCUGGUCUCUCUUCAGCAGUUCAGGCUUGGUGGAAACCCUAAUCUUGGAGGCCCUAUCCCUGCUCAGCUAGGGUUUCUGACAAAUUUGACAACUUUAGGGCUUGCAGCCAGUGGUUUAUCAGGUUCAAUCCCUUCCACAUUUGGGAACUUGGUAAAUUUGCAAACUUUGGCUCUGUAUGACACUGAGAUCUCUGGUACCAUUCCACCUCAACUGGGUUUGUGUUCAGAGCUUAGGAACUUGUAUUUGCACAUGAACAAGCUCACUGGAUCCAUCCCAAAGGAACUGGGUAAGCUCCAGAAGAUCACUAGCUUGCUUCUAUGGGGGAAUUCUUUAUCUGGAGUCAUUCCACCUGAGAUUUCCAACUGUUCUUCCCUUGUGGUGUUUGAUGUUUCGGCCAACGAUCUAUCCGGUGAGAUUCCUGGAGAUUUGGGGAAGCUUAUUUGGUUAGAGCAGCUUCAGUUGUCUGAUAAUAUGUUCACCGGUCAGAUUCCUUGGGAAUUAAGCAACUGUUCAAGCCUCAUUGCUCUUCAGCUGGACAAGAACAAGCUAUCAGGCUCCAUACCUUCGCAAAUCGGAAACCUUAAGUCUCUGCAGAGCUUUUUCUUGUGGGAAAACUCGAUUUCAGGAACAAUUCCCUCUUCUUUCGGUAACUGCACGGACCUAGUUGCCUUGGACCUCUCUAGGAACAAGUUAACCGGACGAAUCCCGGAAGAGCUCUUCAGUUUAAAGAGGCUCAGCAAGCUUCUCCUUCUUGGAAACUCCUUAUCGGGCGGAUUACCAAAGAGCGUAGCGAAAUGCCAGUCGCUUGUGAGGCUAAGACUAGGAGAGAACCAACUUUCAGGUCAGAUCCCUGAAGAGAUAGGCGAGUUACAAAACCUGGUGUUUCUUGAUCUCUACAUGAACCAUUUCUCUGGUCGGCUUCCGUACGAGAUCUCUAACAUCACUGUGCUUGAGCUCUUAGAUGUACACAAUAACUACAUCACCGGAGAUAUUCCUUCUCAGCUUGGGAACCUUGUGAACCUAGAGCAGCUUGAUCUGAGCAGAAACAGCUUUACCGGAAACAUACCGCUCAGUUUCGGCAACUUCAGUUACUUGAACAAGCUGAUCCUCAACAACAAUCUCCUUACUGGCCAAAUUCCUAAAUCCAUUAAGAAUCUGCAGAAGCUUACACUGCUUGAUCUAAGCUUCAACAGCUUAUCCGGUGAAAUCCCACAAGAACUCGGCCAAGUCACAAGCUUGACUAUAAAUCUAGAUUUGAGCUACAAUGCCUUCACUGGAUCCCUCCCAGAUACAUUCUCCGGCCUCACGCAGCUACAGUCACUCGAUCUCUCACGCAAUAUGCUUCACGGAGACAUCAAAAUCCUCGGUUCCCUCACGAGCCUAGCUUCUCUAAACAUCUCCUGCAACAACUUCACUGGUCCUAUCCCAGCUACACCGUUCUUCAAGACAAUCUCCACAAGUUCUUAUCUCCAAAACACCAAUCUCUGCCACUCAAUUGACGGCAUUACUUGCUCAUCACAAACUGGUCAAAACAGAGGAAUCAGAUCCCCAAAGAUUGUAGCUUUAAUCUCUGUAAUCCUCGCUUCGAUCACAAUCGCCCUUUUCGCCGCGUGGCUUCUCGUCUUAAGAAACAAUCACCGAUACAAAACCGAGAAAUCAGCAAGGACAUCGACUUCAUCUCCAUCAACAGCAGAAGAUUUCUCGUAUCCAUGGACAUUCAUACCGUUUCAGAAACUCGGAAUCAGCGUCAACAACAUCGUAGACUGCUUAGUAGACGAGAACGUGAUCGGAAAAGGAUGUUCAGGAAUCGUUUACAAAGCGGAAAUGCCAAACGGAGAGAUCGUAGCGGUGAAGAAACUCUGGAAAACGAAAGACAACGACGAAGGAGGAGAACCCACGAUCGAUUCAUUCGCAGCUGAGAUUCAGAUUCUGGGUAAUAUCAGACACAGAAACAUCGUCAAACUUUUAGGUUACUGUUCUAACAAAUCAGUGAAGCUACUACUCUACAAUUACUUCCCCAACGGGAAUCUCCAACAGUUACUACAAGGAAACAGAAACUUGGAUUGGGAAACUCGUUACAAGAUCGCGAUUGGAUCUGCUCAGGGACUAGCUUAUCUUCACCACGAUUGUGUUCCGGCGAUUCUACACAGAGACGUGAAAUGUAAUAACAUUCUUCUCGAUUCCAAAUACGAAGCGAUCCUCGCGGAUUUCGGACUCGCGAAGCUGAUGAUGAACUCGCCGAAUUAUCACAACGCUAUGUCUCGAGUCGCUGGCUCAUACGGCUACAUCGCACCAGGCAAUUACGGUGUCGUUUUGCUUGAGAUUCUCAGUGGUAGGAGUGCAGUGGAGCCACAGAUUGGAGAUGGGCUUCACAUAGUUGAAUGGGUGAAGAAGAAGAUGGGAAGUUUCGAACCGGCGUUAUCUGUGCUUGACGUGAAGCUUCAAGGAUUACCUGAUCAGAUAGUGCAGGAGAUGCUUCAGACAUUAGGGAUUGCUAUGUUCUGUGUGAAUCCUUCGCCUGUGGAGAGACCAACGAUGAAGGAAGUUGUCGCGUUGUUAAUGGAAGUGAAGUGUAGUCCUGAGGAAUGGGGGAAAACAUCGCAGCCUCUUAUAAAACCGUCUUCUCAGAACCAACGUUGA